AUGGAUUCGGGGUUACUGAGGGAAAUAUUAUUGUUGUAUAAGGACAAGGAGAAAUUAACAGCAAUAAACCCAGGGGCACCACAAAUAGGGAAACUACGGAGUAGUAUACAGAGAAAUUUCAAACAAUUCAUGGACCAUAUGCUGGACAGCAGCUGGAUUGAGGUGUAUGCUGAAAACUGUAACAGUUAUGAUCCGGAUUAUUUGACAACACAUACAAAUGGACAACGGAGCCCACAUAUGACGAUAACUAAGGAGGAAACGGCUGCAUGCACCUCAAUGACGGGUGCACUACUUUUUGUGAAUGGAUGGAAUAUGGGAGCGCGCAGUAUACAAAGGACUGAUGACGCCCAGAGGGAAAUAGAAGAAUUUGUAAGGUGUGCAUUAGCCAAUAUAUUUAUGUACCAACUGGAAAAAUUAUUCUGUCCUGAAAAUUUGGGAAUACAGUACGCGUGGCAUGUAAUGCGGAACAUGCAGAUACCCCACAUGGAAAAUGUAAUUCAGGAUGGGAAAUGUAAGAAGGAUAUGUCUGGAUAUGGGGCAGGGUGGAAUGAACAAGCAAAGGCGAGAAUUAAGAAAUUGCUGGAGUCGCAUGGAAGAGAGUUCGGCAGAGUAGGACGACAAGGCACGGCGUAUGAGUGUGUACAAAAAGUGAAGCCUGAGGGGACAGAACAGGAUACAGGUGUCAAUAGAAGUACACCGGAAACAGUAGGUAAGGACAUGAAAAUAACAAAGUACAGGGAAGUAGAUGGUAGAGAGUUUGUAGCACCGGAGUUUGUCAGAGAACGAAGGAAAAUAACAGAGCAUGGGGCCGGCCCAUGGGACGGCAACCAGAGUAAACCAGGACAGGGAUCUUCCCACAAACCACCAGCAGCCAAACCAGCACCAGCCAAGCCGGUCGAAAAACCGGUCAAGCCGGCGACAGCUGCCACACCAGUAGCGAAGUCGAAACCGGCGGCAACACCGUCAUCGGGCAGUGACAUGACGACGACAUCAUCUGGUGGUGGUGCUGGUGGUGGUGGCGGUGGUGCUGCCGCAGGCGACACGGACGACACACAGUACAAGUGUCCAGGGGACACAAUAUUGGAGUGGAGGCCUUCGGAAAAAUAUGUGGUGCUUCCAUAUAGUGUAAGUUUGAGUACAGUCCGAAAGGAACAGGACCAAAGGGAACGACAGAGGAAUAAAAGGAAAGGAUAA